AUGGUUGCAGGUGGUGCCACUCACAAGAGACCUCCUGCUGAUGACAUAAUGAUGCACCAAGAGGAGCCUGCAAACACGGAUGCAAAAAAUGAUCAUCACAUUGCCAUCUAUUUCAUCGACUCACCCCAACAAACAGACGACAGAUUGAUCCUGAGCGACAAGACCAAUGGCCAGGAGGAUUACUCAUUUCAGCACCACCUGCAAACACCAAGCUCGCCGCCCUGCUACUCCACCGACCACAUGCUCCGCGCUGACCAAAGACACUACAACAGCAACAAUGGCUCCCCUUCUUCUUCCCAGCAGCAGCAGCAGCAUGAGCGCUCUUCUUCCCAGCAGCAGCAGCAGCAUGAGCGCUCUUCUAACCCACCAAGAAGAAGACAGUCGAGAAGGCGACGCUUGGCGGCGGCGGUGCCGUUCGUGAGGAAGAUCAAGUGGGGACCAUUGUGGGAUAAGUCCAAGGAGUGGAUCAAGAACCCCAUGAACAUGGCCCUCUUCGUGUGGAUCGUCGCCGUGGGCAUCUCCGGCGCCAUCCUCUUCAUGGUCAUGACCGGGAUGCUCAACGCCGUGCUGCGGACCAAGUCGCAGAAGGACACGUGGUUCGAGGUCAACAACCAGAUACUGAACGCAUUGUUUACCUUGAUGUGCCUGUACAACCACCCCAGGAGGUUCUACCACCUGGCGCUGCUGUGCCGGUGGAGGGCCGGCGACAUGGCCGCGCUCCGGGAGGUCUACUGCAAGGGCGGCAUCGUCAAGCCCAACGAGAGGAGGCACAUGAUGGUUGUGGUCUUGCUGCUCCACCUCAACUGCUUGGCGCAGUACGCGCUGUGCGGCCUCAACCUCGGCCUCUCCAGGAACCGGCGGCCUCCCGUGGGGGUCGGCCUCACCGUGACGGUUGCGAUAUGCGCCCCGGCCGUUGCCAGCAUGUACAACAACCUCAGCCCCCUGGGGAAAGACUACGAGGUCCAGGCCGCCGACGACGAGGAGCAGGAGUCUUCUUCUUCGGGCUCGCGGCAGCGGCUCCAGCACAAGACCGUCGAGAGGAGGUACUCCUUCUCCCCUUCUCCGCCGCAGCGACAAGGACUAGAAAUGGGCGCUGCCGGUGCCGUCGUCGUUGAGGUGGGAGAAGAAGAAGAAGGCACCGUGGCAGUGGCGGCGCCUGAGUGGUCGGGCGGGCUGGUGUGGGACCUGUGGGAGGACAUCUCGCUGGCGUACCUGUCGCUGUUCUGCAGCUGCUGCGUGUUCGGGUGGAACGCCGGGCGUCUGGGGUUCGGCAAUGCGUACGUGCACGCGGCGACUUUCAUCCUGCUGUGCCUGGCGCCCUUCUUCAUCUUCACCCUGGCGGCCAUCAACAUCGACGACGAGGCGGCCAGGCUCGCGCUCAGCCUCGGCGGCACCCUGCUGUGCGUCUUAGGGCUGCUGUACGGUGGGUUCUGGAGGAUCCAGAUGCGCCGCAGGUUCGGGCUUCCCGGCAGCGGGUUUUGCUGUGGCAGGCCGGACGUGACGGACUGCUUCCAGUGGCUGUGCUGCUGCCCCUGCGCCCUCGCCCAGGAGGUCAGGACCGCCGACGCCUACGACAUUGUGCACCACAGGAUGGUGUCUCGCCGUCAAAGCCAAAGCCGCCGCGGAGAUGACGCCGGCGAAGAAGAAGCCAGCAGCUCCCGGGUGCAGAUGCAGCAGCCACUGAGGUUUGCAGGUGUUUUCGCUUCAGAUCAUGGUGGGGUGACCAACACCAACAGCAAUUCAGAUACCAGUAACACGAGUACAACACCCCCUGCGCUGCCUGUUGGCAUACAGAGACAGUAA